AUGAGAAUGGAAUAUUGAAAUGAAAUUAAACCAAACCAAAAUAAAAUAUGGACGAUAUAAAAAGCACGGAAGCAGCAGACUCCAAUCCACAAUCCAAACCCAUAAUUCAACAUGAAAGGUGGCACUGCCGCUGCCGCUGACACUCCUAGUUUCAACAACAACAACAACAAUAUUACUACUACUAGUGAUCAAACGACGACCUCUACGUCCUCCUGGGGCACGUGGGAGGACUUGCUAGCAUGCGCCGUCAAGCGUCACGGCGUCCACGACUGGGACACCGUCGCCAUGGAACUCCAAGCCAAGACCUCUCUCCCUCCCCUCCUCACCACCGCCUCCAACUGCAACCUCAAGUACCUCGACCUCAGCCGUCGUUUCCACUCCCGCCACCAAAACGACGACGUCCACCACGAUCCUCAUAACAAUAAUACUACUAAUAUUCCCUGGCUCGACGACCUCCGGAAACUCCGCGUCGCCCAGCUUCGUCAAGAGCUCCAUGGCUACGACGUCUCCAUCGUGUCGUUGCAGUUGAAGGUGAAGAGGUUGGAGGAGGAGAGAGAAGACAGCUUCAAAGACGACGACCCCAAACCAGAUCUGGAGGAGGAGGAGCAGCAGGACUCCAAUCGGCACAGAUCAGAAAACGACAAAACAGUUCGAGGCAAACCGGACCACGAGAACCAGUCGGUGAACGGCUCCAAUUCGACCUGCUCCAAAAACCUGGACCAUGACAACAAGCCAGGUCCAGGAGAUCGCGCCCUCUCUGAACCGGGCCCGCUUUCGGCCUGUUCCGAUGAACCGUCCAAAAAGACAGGGAGCGGGCAGUCGGAUUCGGACUCAGACAAAGGAAGCUCCGAAACGGUGGCUAAGAAGCGGAGGGUACGGGGCCGGCAAGGGAAAGGUGGGGGUGACUCGGCGGGUGAGCUGAGGGAGAGCAGCGAGGUGCAGAGUUCGGUGAGCUUGACGAAGAAAAGGAACGGGAAACGCCAUCGCAGAAUGGAGGUCCCAGAGCAGCAGCAGCACAAUAACGAAGAUGUAUCGUUGGUGAAAUCAGAGCCGUUGAUUGAGGUCCUGCAGUUGAUCCGCGCGCAAGAGCAUGGCUCGUUGUUCGAGCGACGGCUUUCUUCCCAGAAAAGCGACAAGUACAAGAGCAUUGUCCAGCAGCAUGUGGACCUGGAAACCAUCCAAAGCAAGCUCCGCAAAGAAUCAUACUCCUCCUGCUCUCUCUCCUUCUACCGAGACCUGCUCCUCCUCUUCAACAACGCCGUCGUUUUCUUCCCCAAAUCUUCCCUCCACUCAAGGACCGCUCACCAACUCCGCCGCCUCGUCUUAAACGAAAUGAAGAAGAAGAAUCUCAUCACUCGGCCCAACCACGACCCUGCGCCCGAACCGUCAGAUUCGGUAGUUCCUGCACCCGCCACAAGUCAACAACCCAAACGCCCUGAUCAGCUUGAAAGAUCAGAUUCCUUGCUUGCCAAGCAAAAGUCUACUGCCCCCAUCAUCGUCUGCCGCAAACGAAGCUCCAUUUCGUCAAAGCCUUCCGCUGCUGCUUCUAUUUAUGGUCAAACUCUCAAAGGUGACGACAACAUGAAACUAGCAGCUUUUGAUCUUAAAUCGUCCAUUAAGAAUAGCAAGGCCUCUUCAGAUGAUCAUGCAGCAGCUGAAGAGCAUGGCGGUUCAGUCGUAGUAAAGAGUGCUGCAGCUGCUAAAGCAAAAGACAACCCUGUGAUCACUGCAACCAGAGGCUCAAGAAGGACGAGUACUAGUAUUGCUCAUCACGAGAAUAAUACCAGUGCUUCCAAAAAGAAACAAAGUGCGAGCCCGGCAAAUUUGAAAGCGGAAACUCCCAAAGCGGAUAAGAAGGGGAAAAUGGAGGCAGCAGGAUCAGACAAAAAGCGAAUUGCAGCUGCUGAUUUCUUAAAGAGAAUAAAGCGGAAUUCACCUGCGGACACAUUGAAGAGUGGUGGUACUGGCACGGGCACUAGUUCUAGAUCAGGUGGACAGCAGAAAAGGAGGGGAGGUAUUGGUAAGGCUGACAAAGUUAAAGAAAGGGUGUUAAGGCAAAGUGGCAAUAAGAAGAAACAAGCCAAGGAAGAAAGCAGCAGUCCAUCCAGGCGAAGUGUAGGCAGGCCGCCCAAGAAGGCGGCUGCUGAGGCUGCAAAUGCAGUAGCUUCACCAAAGCGGGCACGGGAAAGUGGAGGAAAGCAAGAGGCUUCUAGGCGCCCUAAAAAACGGUCUAGGAGGUAAAGUAGUCGUCUAGCUUCAAUGCUUCAUGCAUGGCCAAGGAAAUGAAGGUGUAACUUUAUUCAUGUAUAUUCUAGUGAGGGAUAGGGAAACUAGAAAUUAGCAUUAGGCAGAUAGUAUUCCCUAAUUAGUAGUCCCUAGGGUUUUUGUUUUGGUCGAUAUAUUUCAAGUCUGUGCUUGAAGGAUUUAUUAUUUUGUGUCAAAAUAUCUGUUACAAGCAUAUGCAAUGUAACGUACAAAAACACACU